AUGGGGCUAGGUCCACCAAAAGGCUUGAGUAUUAUAAACUGCAUCACCAAAUUUUUAGAUGCUGUGAUGCUUUGUGGAAUUCGAAGAUGUCUUUUCUCGGUGGAGGAAAACUGGACUGGUUUAGAUGAAGAUGAAGAUGCGCAUGUCUGGGAAGACAAUUGGGAUGAUGACAAUGUGGAAGAUGAUUUCUCCAAUCAGUUAAGAGCGGAAUUAGAAAAACAUGGAUACAAGAUGGAAACCUCAUAGCUUUUGCUGAAUAUGGAGUGGUUUAACACUGAACUGUGGAUAGACUAUAUUGAGAAAAGAAGGAAAGGUGGAAAAUGAGAAGACACACUUAGUUCAUUAUCUGCUUGGAUUUAUUAUUUUUGUUUUGUAUAAAAAAAUAAAGUUUUUAAUCUUA